AUGUGUGACCUGAUUCGAGACUGGGCGGGCUCUUUUCUAACCUCCGACCUCACUCCGACUUUGAUUCGGUACGAUCUUGGCACUCGAAGCUUAGUAUAUCGAGAGCGAUUCAAAGGAUUCGUUAACAUCGACGCAAAUCACACCCAUAAAAUGUUUCUAACCCACAUUUCUGGAACCCUCGUUCUCUUUCUGCUAAUCAUAGCAACGACCCUCGCAACCCUAACCAGAUACACCAUCCCCAUCCCAGCAGAAACCCUAAUCCUAGAAACCCGCCAGCAGCUCAACGACAUGGCAGCCGCAUACUCAAUGGGGACACUGGAUGAUCGAAACGGCGGGUAUUACCUCCUAGACCACGAUGGUGAAAUUCUAGCCGUGGCAGCAGAUGGCCUAUGCGAAGAGCUCGACAAUUCGAUGGCAUCGGCAAGAAGAGUCUACGAGCAACAUUCACGCUUCGAUUUAUAUAGCGGAGAGGUCCAGGAGGUUACCCUUCAGAGCCAUGAUGCACAGUUACGGAGAAGUGGGGAGAACUCUUGUUCGCACCCUCGUUGUUAUACGCAUGCGCUGUGUGAAACUUAUAGUGAUUGCUUUGUGUGCUCUUCUAGUCAUCAUUGGUGUUACUGA